ACGAAAUUGGUUCCAUAAUUCAUUUUCAUACAACAUAAUACAGGAAAUAACUACAUUGUAUAUAUGAAAUCUUCAACAUUUUAAUUUUGAAAUUCAGUGAAGUUUAUUAGAGACUUGGAUUUAAUAUAUUACCUGUUAGAAUUACCUAUAGAAGAUAAUGGCAAUGGCUAACAUAUUAGAAAACAUCAAAUUUGCUAGUUCAUCUUUUAGUGAUAUAAACACACAUUUUGUUCAUAUUUUCAUUCCAAACAUUGCUUUCCUGGCAGUCUAUAUUCUCAUUGGAAUAGUUGGAAAUAGUUUAGUGAUAUAUAUUUAUCUACGUAAAAUGGAGAAAACUACAGAUAACCACUUUUUUAUUCCAUGUUUGGCAGUUGGGGACAUGUUGGCAUGUACGGUUUGUAGCACUGCCGCAAUCGUCAUGUUUUUUUAUUAUACUAAUUUCACACAUGAAGUAACAUGUAAAAUAAUGUGGUACUCAAUGACAUGGAGUGCCAGUGGUGCCGCUUUAAUUCUGGUGUUUAUAGCUUUCCAGCGAUACAAGAAAAUAUGCCAACCUUUUAAACCCUCUACUCUACUGGAUAGAAAACUUACAAUUGUAAUAUGCCUUUAUGUUUCAUCUACUUUUGUAUCAAGCCCUUUGCUUUAUACCUCUGGAUUAAGUCACCUGACAUUAGAGGAGGGAAACAAGACGAUAACUUUACAUAUUUGUGAGAGAAUCAGACAGGACUUAAGGGAAGACUGGAGGAUCAAUAUUGCAUUAGCCUUUACAGGCUUGGAAGCUUUUAUAGUGUUGAGUGUCGCAACAAUUCUAACAACACUGUAUUUAAAAGUAGGAUUGAAACUUGCUAAACAUUUGAAGACAAUGAGUAAGAAAAGAAAGGACGGAAGUAAUGGCAACAGCCAAGAAACAGAAUCCAGUUCAGAGGUCAGCACUAUCAAACCAGGCCAAUCGAAGUCCAUUAGAAAGAAAGGGACAUACAAAAGUUUUAGACACAAAAGAGAAAAGUUUAACCAGGAGCACCAUUACACAUAUAUAUUCAUAGCUAUAUCUGGUGUCUGUAUUGUUACAUACUCUCCCAGGUUACUGUUAAUGAUUUUAGAAUCUGUUAAAGAAAAUUUCUGGUUAAGUUUCUAUGAGAACGAAUCUUUACUUAGAUUUCUGAAGCUCUUAAACAGGUUCCAUAUUAUUAAUAACAUAGCUAAUCCAUUUCUUUAUGCAAUGUUUGACAAAAAAUUCAAAGCACAACUCUUACAGAUUCUACAGUGCAAAUGAUCAAAAGCACUUCAGAAAUCCUUAGAACAUGUCAUAUUAUUACUUUUAGCAGACAUGAAAAUAUAAUUCCAUGGUACUUAGCCAACAUUUUUACAUUAAAAACUUUUACAAAUGA